GCGGGGAGAGGGCGUGGCCGGCGCCGGUUGGGGUGUCUCGCGCUCGGUGACAGCUCGCGCGUGCUGAUGAUGGCGGUCCUGACCCGUGAAUACGUAAGCACGUACUCUAUCCAUUUGAGCAGUCUCACUAAACUUGAAUACUUGCUGAAUUGGGCAGUGGAUAAAUUCAGUGCUUUUUGGAAAUACUGUGUCCUGAGACCUUGCAGAGCUGGGCUUUGAAGCUGUGCUGCCUUACGAUGAAGAUUUAAGUAGUAAUUAAAUUCUCGAAGAACUGCCAAGGCGCCUUUGGCUGAAAUGGGGAUGUUCCAGGCCCUGGAUGUUACGUUGCGAAGGAAGGAAUGUUUAGGCAUGACUCAGUCAAAGCAGCGAAGACUUCUGUAAGACAUGGAUAGAUGCAAACAUGUUGGGCGACUACGACUCGCCCAGGACCAUUCUAUCCUGAACCCCCAGAAGUGGCGCUGCGUGGACUGCCAGACGACAGAAUCUAUCUGGGCUUGUCUGAAAUGCUCCCAUGUAGCCUGUGGGAGGUACAUUGAGGAACAUGCACUUAAACACUUUGAAGAAACCAGACAUCCAUUGGCAAUGGAAGUUAAUGAUCUUUAUGUCUUUUGUUACCUUUGUGAAGAUUAUGUCUUGAACGAUAACCCGGAGGGUGAUCUGAAAUUGCUAAGAAGUUCUCUGUCAGCAAUUAGGAGUCAAAAACAUGAUCCGUCAACAAGAAGUGGUAGGACAUUGCGAUCAAUGGCUUUUGGAGAGGACACGUGCAGCCAUCAAAGGACCCCUCAGGGACAACCUCAGAUGCUUACGGCUCUCUGGCACAGGCGCCAAUCUUUGCUCGCAAAAGCGCUGCGGACCUGGUUUGAUAAGAGCUCCAGAGGCCAGCUAAAAUUAGAACAGAAGAAACAAAUGGAAGAGUUGGAGAAAAAGAAGGAAGCAGCUAGGCAGCGGCGGCAGGAGAUGAAGAGACAACUUCUGGAGGAGCUAGCAAACACCCCUCCAAGGAAGAGCGCGAGAUUGCUGUCUCAUGUGCACAGAGAGAACUUGAUUCCGAGGAAAUUCAGAGAGGCGGCAACCACUUCCCCUACCUCAAGGCGGAUGCAGAGCAGCAGAUUCAAACAAUUUUAUUCCAUCCGGCGUAAGCCUCUGAUGACUCCUGGGGUGACAGGUCUAAGGAACCUGGGAAACACAUGUUAUAUGAAUUCUAUUCUGCAAGUGCUAAGUCACCUCCAGAAAUUUAGAGAAUGUUUUCUGACACUUGAUCUCUGUGAAACAGAAGAACUCUUAGCCAAAACUGUGAAUGGGAAGUCUAGGACGCCUGGCAAAUUGGCAAAUGGAUCUGCUGCUAAUGAGUCAGGGAAGACUGACAAAGUAGGAUCAUAUGGCACGCAGAGUUUGCCAGCUGGCUUAAAUGGUGGCUCCUCAAUAAGCAGGAGUUUAGAACUGAUACAACCCAAGGAACCAAGUUCAAAGCACAUCUCCCUCUGCCAUGAAUUGCACACCCUCUUCAGAGUGAUGUGGUCUGGCAAGUGGGCACUCGUGUCCCCAUUUGCCAUGCUGCACUCUGUGUGGAGCCUGAUCCCAGCAUUUCGCGGUUACGAUCAGCAGGACGCUCAGGAAUUCCUAUGUGAGUUGUUGGACAAAGUGCAGCAGGAGCUGGAGUCAGAAGGAACGAAACGCAGGAUCCUCAUCCCUUUCUCACAAAGGAAGCUCACCAAGCAGGUCCUGAAGGUGGUGAACACCAUUUUUCACGGGCAGCUACUCAGUCAGGUCACCUGUAUAACAUGCAACUACAAAUCCAACACCGUUGAGCCCUUUUGGGAUCUUUCCCUGGAAUUUCCCGAGCGCUAUCAUUCUAUUGAGAAAGGGAUUGUCCCUGUUAACCAGACAGAGUGCAUGCUGACAGAAAUGUUGGCCAAGUUCACAGAAACUGAAGCUCUGGAAGGGAGGAUAUAUGCAUGCGACCAAUGCAACAGCAAACGGCGAAAGUCUUCUCCUAAACCUCUUGUUCUGAGUGAAGCUAAAAAGCAGUUAAUGAUCUACAGACUACCUCAGGUCCUCCGACUGCACCUUAAACGAUUCAGGUGGUCUGAACGUAAUCACCGUGAGAAGAUUGGGGUCCAUGUCCUCUUUGACCAGGUAUUAAACAUGGAACCUUACUGCUGCAGGGACUCUCUCUCCUCUCUUGACAAAGAGACCUUUGUCUAUGACCUCUCCGCUGUGGUGAUGCAUCAUGGGAAAGGGUUUGGCUCAGGACACUACACAGCAUAUUGCUACAACACAGAGGGAGGUUUUUGGGUCCACUGCAACGACUCCAAACUGAAUGUAUGUAGUGUGGAGGAGGUGUGCAAAACCCAGGCCUACAUUCUUUUUUACACUCAAAGAACAGUGCAGGGCAAAGCAGGAAUCUCAGAAAAACAACUCCAAGCUCAGGUGCCGUCCAAAAACAGCGAUAAGGACAGAAGACUGACGUUCCCGUGAUGGGAAGCACUAUAACUCAAUCAACAGUCUCAGUUUUUUAAAACCAUGGGUGUUCACAUCUUUCCUCUUUGUAGGAAAAAAGGCUCACUGCAGGAAUGGAUCAGAUCAUGAUGUUUGCCACCCAGGGUCCAGAAAAGUCUAUCAAGCUGUGCAGUUCUGUUGCAUAAGAUUGUAAUCAGAAUCUUGUUUUUAAAGGUGUUAAAUUGUUCCCACAAAACAAAAAGAGAAAGUUCGAUGCUUAGUAUCAUUAAUCUUUUCUCAAAAAGGAACUGAUUAAGGCAUGUAACAAUGAGUGCAACCAGGAAACAGAAGCAUUCAGCUGGCUUCCCAAAACCUUCAGUACCUAGUAAUGCUGAUAAACCUCCAGAAGGAACAGGUAUAGUACCCUCCCCUUUAAUUGUCAUUCUGUUUGUCAAUCAGAUUUCCAGGGUUUGAAUCUCACAGUCACUCCCCGUGUAUUUAUUUGAAUGGUUUCCAGAAUGUAUUGAAUAGAUGGAGUUGGGUGUCCUAGAAGCCAUUCUUGCUGGAGAAAUCUUUAAUGCUCUUCUACCAGAGAAAAUGUUCCCCAGACCUCAGCUAUCUCUGUGAUACCAGUUUCUUUGCCAGCAGUUGAGGGCAAGCCUGUGACUGGCAAUCUUUGUCAGCAGCUCUUUUUCUCAGUGUUACUGGGGCUGUGUGCACACUUGAUGGUUUAUUCCUUAGGCUGAACUGAAUUGGCAGCUAAAUUCUCUUGGAAUGUGAUUUAAAAACAGUUCUGCUUUGGAGAAAGUGUGUUUUUUAAAAAAAAAAUAAUAAUAAAAAAAAAAAUCACCCUGUGAUAAAACAGGCAUGUACCUGUGUGUGCUCAGAUACAGUGGCAAUAAAAACAAAGCCUACACCGCAGGCUUCUGCUGGCAUAGCUUUGCUUAUCAGGGCUAUAAUGAAGUUUGAGCCCUGGCUUGCACAGCUCUGAUAGUAGAAGCAGUUGGUGUGGAGGCAACUUACACUGGCAGACUAGCACUUUUACAAGUGUGGCUUGUUUUCCCUAGGAGAACAGGGUGGAAGUAAAACCACAACGAUGGGAGACAGAGCUGGUUUCUGUUCCUGCUUCUGUGCAAAUGGAAAUGCUCAUUAACUCCAGUGUCACAUAUGGCCCAAACUCACUGAAGGCAGUGAGGUUGCACAGAUGUACGGAAUAGAAUUUAGUUUGUGAGGUCUUUAUUUCUACUGAGGGAACAAAUCCAGUUUAAUUCUCAAGUUCUAUGUUGAGUUUGGAAGUCUAGAAAAAAGAUCUGUAUUUGUAAUAAUCUUGAUCUGAGAAUCAUAUGAUAAACAUUGGGCCUAAGCCAACCAUGUAUAGUCAUUUCUCAGCCUACAGUUGCAUCUCAGAUGUUUUUGUAAUUUGAAGUUUGGUUAUUCACAUUUCAUAUUUUAAUCAAAUCUGAAUAUGUGACUGCAAAGAGGCAUGACCUCUUUCAAUCUUGUUGGGAUUUUCUGAACAGUUGAAGGUGAAGUCCUCUAAAAUUAUGAGAUUCUUCAAAAAUUUUGAUCUACUAUUCAGGUAGAGAAGUUCUGAAAUUGUGUUUCUCUCCCUCCCUCUUCUCCUUUUAUUCUUGUCAGCAUUUACCCAUCAGACAUAAACUGACAACCCUACAUUAUUGUUGGAGGGGUGAAGAGGUAAGUUUCCCAAAUACCAUUCCUCUCUUUCCACUGCCAGUACUGCAACUUUUAAUUUCCUGCCAUAUAGGCAAAUCAGACUUUAUUCUCUGGCUGCUGUUAACCAUUUCAGCCAUGCAGAGAGGAGCACAGCCAUCAACAGUCUUGUCCUUUCUUAGAGAACAGUGUCACACUAGGUGUCCUCUGUCCAAAAAAAGUUUUAGAUUUCCUGUAUGUCUGAGCAACGUACAGCUUUUUGAGCCUACAAAAACUUUGGCAAUCUCUUUGGCAAUUAAAUAUAAUUUUGAAAUCAUACACUCUUAUUUUUGGAGACAAGGCAGUUUGAAACAGUCCUAUGGGAACUGAUGACAGGUUUUGUGGUUUUUUUUCUAAAUGUAGCAGGGUCUGAAAGAAUUUCCUAUGAAUGUCUGUUUAUCUAUGUAUUUACUAGGUAGUUUUAUUUUUUGUGCAACCAGAACAUAAAAUGCAACAGGCCAAAUUAAAAUCCAGUAAAAGUAAGUGUGACUCCACUGAAUGCAGGGGAGGCUGAUUUGGGUUCAGCGCAGGUAGAAGUUGACGUUCAUGAAAGAAUCAAAAUCAAGCACUUGUGAUUAUCAGAUACUUACAAGCAUGACAGAUUCAUUGCUAGAGCAAAGCAUAUGCUUUGUGAUGACUGCAUGUCUCAAAAGGAAAAUUAAAAGAAAAAUAGUGUUUAACAAUGCCUUUUUAGUAAUCUCUGAGGUGGAAGGGAAAACUGGUGUUUUUCCCGUGCAUCUGUCCUUCCAGGCCUAUCCGCCCUUUAAGAGGAUUAUGUUUUUCUAAAUGACGGUCAUGGUUUACUAUGACUACCAAACGGCAUGUUCACCUUCUCAAUCUCUUAGCCAUGCUAGCCCUGUUUGUAUAAAAACGUGAUAUCAAGGCAAACCAUAAUGCAGCAUUAGUUGUUACUGCAGUGAGCCGAGACUCUUCACUAUGAAUGCUCAUCUUUUGACUGAGUGUUUUGCAUUAACAUUUGAAUUCAGGUAGUAAUACAGUUGUCACUUUGAGUAGGUUGCAGAGGGGGACGGGGAGCUGGGAGUGUACCGUUAGCCACUGGUGCAUCUGAUUUCCCAAGCAGAUUUCGUAGCAUUUGCUGUUGACAUCUUUUGACAUUAGUGGCCUCUCCAUGUGACAUUAGCCUAGUUGCGCUGAGAUGUGGAGAUACUGCAGUCGGAAAAAUGAUUGCCCUGAUAGGGAAGGAAUUAACUAUAUUUCAAAGUAAACUUGCUUUUUCCAACACUGUGAGGUUUCUGUAAUAUUUAGCUUUUAUUUGGAAGCGAUAGCGUAUAGCAUUUUUUAUGCUGUUUGGUUUAUAUUUGUCUACUGCAGGCUUCUUUAUAUAAGCAUAGCCCAAUGUUCCCUCCAUGGUGGACACUGUUUUAUAGUGUCCUGUUUGCCAGAAAUUCUGAUUGGAAGUUUACCUCAAGUCAGUAAGAUGAAUAUAGUACUUGGAAUUACAGUGAAGCCCACCUAAGUGAAUGCCUGACAAAGGGUAGCCUAUUAGGCAAACUUUGUCCCUCCUCUAAUGGCAUGGCUUCAAAUCCUGCUAAUACACUGACGCAUAUUUAGAAUAAUUCCAGAUUUAGGUGCUGCUUCUGCAAACACGUAAGCAGAUGAUGUAACUUAACUCAUGCGUGGAUUUCAGUGGCCACAGCUGAGUUGCAAGCGAAGUGUCUACAAGAUUAGAACCUUAAUUUGGUGCAAUUGAGAGCAGAAUUUGUUUCUGUAUAUAUAGCUGCAAUUUCUCAGUUAGGGACUUUUAAAACAGAUUAAAUACCCAUUAAAAAAGAAAAAAAGACAAGCAACAAACUUAAAAAAGUUUGCUCUGUACCAAGACUUGACUUGACUAAACUGUUUGCAAAAGGUCCUUGUACCAUGUGUAACCAAAAUGCAGGGUUCUGAAGCAGCUACUAAUGCUGAUCUGAUACCAUGAGAACAGUGCACCAAACUGUCACCACUGUUCAUUCUCUCCUGCGCUGGAAAUCUGGUCCUGUAAGGAGGAGUCACUUGCUUUGAGAGAUACUUAGAGCAAGUGCUAGGUUCUUGGCAUUUGGAGGUUGUUUUCUGAAGGUGUAGGAGGUCACUGUACACUUGGCAGACUCUUAAGCUCAUGAAUAUGUGGCCUUUGAUAAAGAGCUAUUCUCAACAUGUCCUUAGUCUGUUCAACUCAUAAUUAAACUGACUUUACUCAAUUUUGUGUCUUUAAAAUUGAAGAAUCUUAAUGUAUAAAUUCAUGGCCAGUAUGAUCAUCUGCUGUAGUAGUUGGAAAAUAUUUUAGCCAACUUUACUCCACUAGCAAGUUAGUUAGUGUAUUUGCCUUUGUGUUACCCUUUUACUGCGUACGUUCCCAAGUUAAACUAUGCAUACUGCAAAGCACUGAAAAAAAAAUUUGGUAGUGUGGGGUGUUCUUCCCCCUCCUCUCUCCCCCCCAUUAGUUCUGGCCAGAGCAAUUCUCAGUCUGACUUUGGAGCUGUCAGUGUGAGGCAGUAAAUGGAGUAAUACAUACUAAAUGCUUGACAUCGACCUCUUCUGGGUGGCAGUACCACCCUUGACUUUGGGACUUCCAGACUUUUUUUUGAGCGUAGGAAUAAAAUUGGAAAUGGUAAAAGCAUCAAGUGUGUCCUAUGGACUCGCUAUCAGAAGUUAUUUUUGCUUUUAGAAGGCAAGGCUUCUAGCAUAAAUACUGUCUUGGUGGUAAUUUAGAAACUCUUUUUUUAUUGAUUAUAAAGUCCCCAGGCCUGAAUAUGUUUAAUUACAUUGCAAUGAGAGAGAGGAGAUCAGUGAAACUUUUGGCUGUUACCAGACUACCCCAGGAUAAACUACAGAAGUUGACUGUAUACUUUGCAGAAUGAAAGCUACGUAAGGAGGAGAGAAGAGGGGGAGAUCAGUAUACUUGCCAAUACAGUUUUGUGAACUGAUUUUUUACAGUCCCCUAGAUUUGGUGCCUUGUAUCCAGUUACAUGUUGCAUGGGACAGAAAUGUUUGGGAAAAAAGUCUUUAAUCCCCCUGUCAUGACUGAAGCCACAGACAGAUCUGUGCGUUUUCACAAGUACUCUCAGUAUCACUGAUGUUUUUACAUUUCAUAUCUAUGUGAAUUAAAAAGUUUACCAGCAAGCUCAGAAGCUAGUAUUUUAGUAUAAUAUGUUUGAAAUCUCUGUAUUUGUAAUAAUUCAAGUAAUAAUUUGUUCAAAGGCAGAUUGGAUUUGGCUUCUUAGAUUUGAUGUCACUCAGGCCCCUUCCAGUCAGGUCAGUAAAAUGAUGUCUGUCGAAGCAUGUACCUUAUGUACAAUGAGCCUGCAUAGAGCAAGGAAUAAAAACUCCAGCAGGGUUUUUGGUAGAGUAGCUGUAGCUUUGGAAAGGACCUUCCGGUAUAAAUCUAAUGAUAAUUGCUGAUUUAUGAAGUAAAAAAUAUAGUUCCCUUUACCAUGGUAGUGUUUGCACAGAUUUCUGCUUAGCCAUGUAGCAAACACUUCCACAUGUGUAAGCAAAAGCAUGCCACAGUAAUGCUUGCAUAAAUUUAAUACGAAACAGGUACAGUUGCUUAAGGUGGCUAAGUGUCUCUGCCUCAAGAAUGAGGUGUAAAACCCAAGCACCUGCUCUGAACACUGCCUUUUUGUGUGUCUCUAAUCCCUUCAACUGGUUUGAGAUCAGAUAGGAAGGACUUAGGUAGGGAAUGUAUCGCCUGUGGGAAUAUAAAACCUCAAUCAAGUGGGUUUUUUGGUGUCUAUUACAUUAAUAUUGAUACCUGUUUAUUGCAGAUGGGAAUGUGAAGCAUUCUAGCAAGCUUUUAAAUUUGUAAAACCACAGCACAGCUCAAAUGAUCAAAAGCUACAUGUGUUAGUCACCUGUACCAACUUGUGAUUAUUUGUCUUAGUUGAUUUUAGGGGUAUGCCUUUAGGCCACUCCUUCCAUUGUGCUUAUUUUAUUUUGUGCGUGUGUGUAAGGGUUCCACUUGUUUUAAGGAUAACUUUGUAUGGUGGGCCAAAAUACUUUGAAAAGAGUUCUUGAACAAGUCUUCUUAAAAAUGCGUUGUUUGCAAUGUAUAUUUCCAAAAGGAAAAAAAAUGACCAGCCCAAUGGGCCCAAGACUGACUUUAACCACUGUUAACUAUUUAUUGUUUUGAAGCUUGUGCAUGAUACGGAAUGCAUCGCAGUUGCAGCAAACUGCUGUACCUUUAGGGUUCUUCUUGAACUGCCAUACUACUGAUUUUGUACAGGUUGGGGAUAGGGAAUGAGUUGGGAAGAAGGAAACAACCAGUUAACAAAGCCAAGCUGACCACAGCAAUAAGCUGUGCUAAGUUUAGGAGACACAGGAAGCGUUUGACGAGGGGACCUUGUGUAUGGGAGGAUUGCAUAUUUUGCAGGCAGAGACAGAUGACAAAAUCCAAAUGCAGUCUCAUUAGCAGCAAGCUCCUAGUGGUUUUGGGGCACAAACUUCUCUUAUCAGUAAUUUCAUACUGGCAAAAUAAAUGGUGCUUUUCCAUUAAAUAUUACGGUUCCUAAGGAACAGUAUACAAAACUCUCAAGUUUUUUAAAAAGGAGCUACCUACUUAAAGCCCACAGUGUCACUGUAAAUGCUUCGUAUAACUAGAAGUGAGAAAGGAAGGAUACAGUUGAUGACUUUACAUAGAUUUGAUCUGUAUUUUUUAGUCUUGGCAACAUACUUCCAAUAGAGGUGUCAGGAAGGAAUUGUUUUUUCCAUACUAAACAGCGGGUGCUGGGUCCUAAACUUGUCAAACCAGAAGUUUGUGGAAACUGGGGUAGAAAAAGCCUCCGUUUGUUAACUAGAUUAUCUCGUUCUGUUCCUGCUUUACAGACACUUUCUGUAUGAGCGUCUCUUUAUGGGAAUGUGCGGCUUUUGAAUGUUGCUCCUGCUCAAGAGGAACACACACAUUCCUUCAACGCGGGCAGAGCUAAGUGCCCACUUAGGCUAGCCUUAUUUCUUUAUAUAACCAUAUCUGUACUCUGGGGAUGAUUUGUACUGUUACAACUACAUUAGUAAAAUUAAAUCUGUGCAGCAUUUGUGGAUAGACAAGGUUUGGGAAUGUAUUAUAGCAUGGGCAAGCUUGAGGUAUGCAGAUGAGUAAUGCUACCACAGGCUCUUGGUGUGCACUCUUGAAUGGAAUUUGAGGCUGACAAAUUAGGAUAAACACCCAUGUGGCUCCUUCUCUUUUGCACAAUUGCUGUAGUGUCUGAUCUGUGUAACUCAAUACCUCUGAUGUAGGAAUGACAUUUCAUAGCAAGUGUCACCUUCACUCUCCUAAGACUUACUAAAUGAAGUUACUUGGCCUGGCCCUUAAGGCACCUAUGCUUACUGCUACAAGGUGAACCACUGAUUUCCACGUGUAAAUGAGGUUUUCGGUAGUUUAUCAGACGUGCCGACUACAGUAACUUGCCACUGGCAAUCUAGAGCCCAUGAGAGAUCCCAGAAUGAGGUCCUAUUUUUUCCCCCACUUCAGCUUUGGUUAAGCAGUCGCAAAUUCCUUAAGCCGCAGCCUUCUGUAUGUUUACCUAAGUGAGUAGUUUAUAGGAAAGGAACAAGUGGAUAAGUUUGUUUCCAGUACCUUUUUUUACAAGCCUGCCUUUCCUGUUUCCCUAAAACAAACUUACUUUAAAUGCUCAGGAUUGUUAAAAUAGCUUCUCAGAGGGGAGUGUUGCCUAGACAAGCUCCCUUGCAGUGCGACAGGCUUGGGUAGAUUGCUGCGGAGGAAGACCCUGCUUCUGUUAACGGCUUGGAAGCUUCACUGUUGACUUGAGUUAGAGCAGAAUUAAAGCUAAUCUUCAGCACUUUAAAAAGUUAAUCCUGCUCUAAGUUGAGACUGUUGGAAGGGUACUGUUGGCAGAGGCUGCGCAGAACACGAACAGUUUUCCUUCAACGUGAAAUCCCUUGCAGCCCUUGUGAAAACAACAGUAGCAUUCUGCUUUGCUUUCUUGGGUGAGGAUCCAAGCUGGAGCUUGGCCAGGUGUCUGAUUUUUCAGUGACUUCUGUGGGGGCUUUAAGUCAGAACAGCCUCUAGUUUCUGUUUCAAGUUUCUGCUACUUACGUCACUAACAACUUAAGCUGGUGUAUGCCAUGCUGUGCUCACAAAUGAGACUGCCUUUGCUUCAAGGACACUCCUAGGCAGCAGCAAGUGACAAGAGAGAAUCCAAUUAAUUACUGAAUGUUUCUGGCAAUCUGUCCAGCUGUCUCGUGGCUCAGUGCAAACGCACUUGGAAGCACUGCUCCUAAUCGCAGGUUCAGCAGCUUUUAUUUUAGUCAAGGUUUGUUAAGACAACAUCCAGUAAGUCACCUAUGGCAGCCUUAUGUACUUAACUGCAUGAACUGCCCCCUGCCUGAACCCAGGCCUCAGGAGGAGAUUAGCGUAUUCUAAAUCAAAACUAAGAUUAACUAUAAUAUGUCUUAAUGUUCCAAUUAAUCCCCUUUUCCUGCAUAAAGCGUCUCUGCAUGACUUGAACUACUCCUGCUUCAGAACUUAAUUUCUUUACAGGAUGUUAAAAUACCCGUUUGGAAAACAGCACUCUUUAAAUUAGUUUCCUAGUCAGCAAUGAAAUAAGUUUCUCCUUUGUUCAGGUGAGGGGGCAGUUCUGAGCCGCAAUGUAUGGAGGCAGUGCUACGUCAGAAGAAUGUCUUAUCUUAAAAAGCUGUGCAUAACUGUCCAAAGAAUCCGAAGCCAUGCUGCAGCCAUACUGCCAUAAUGCUCAGGGCUGGGAAGUUUUACUGCGCUGGAAAUAGCAUCUUCUGGGAGCUGUAGCAGAACAUAUCUGAUUAAGUUAAAGACGCAGCUCCCAUGUCAGCCUCACAUAGUGCUUUCACUGUCCCUCGAACAGCUUCACCACUGACAGCUGGACUAUAAGUUGAUCCUGGCACGUUGUAACUUCAGUCCAAGGCACUAAAAUGCUAUGCAACACCAAAUGGCUUCUUCCCAUAUCCAGCUAUAAUUCCUUUACAGUAAGUGUACCAGCUUUAUCUCGUCCAGACAUUAUCCAUGUAACUUUCUGGUGGUUAGAGUUUACCUAGGGCUUUUUACAGUUUUGUUUUUCAUUUCAAUGAAUAGCUGAUGUGUCCUGCUUACAACCCAGGACUGGACUUGUUCCUUUCUCUUUCGGGUGUGAAAUAUAAAUCAUGUUUUUAUGAUUUUUGUAAAUCUUUACUCUUUUUACACUUUGUUUUUGUAAGCUGAAGUUUCUUAUUAAAAAAUAAAAUUCCA